UGAUAUGCCACGAUUUCCUAGAUCAAAAUUAUUGAAGGCAAAAAUAUCCAUUCCUAUCCAUAUUCUGACAUAUUCGUUGCAGCAUCAUAUCUAUUUAGAGAAGGUACCAGCUGAUCACCGCUUCUGCAGUGAGGAACGUGAGGAACCGGCGCGGUGGUGAGAGCGGUGAGAGGAGGCGAGGGAGGUACAGGAUAGGUCAACUGACAGUUCAGAACCAGUUGGGUGAGGCAUUGCUGAGCCAUGCCACGCAUCGACACAGACGUGAAGCUCGACUUCAAGGAUGUAUUGCUGCGGCCCAAACGGAGCACCCUUCGCAGCCGAGCGGACGUGUGCAUGGAGCGGACCAUCACGUUCCGCAACUCCAAGUUCAGUUGGACUGGGGUGCCGAUCAUCGCCUCCAACAUGGACACGGUCGGCACCUUCGAGAUGGCAGUCACACUAGCCAAGCACAAGAUGUUCACCACGAUACACAAGCACUACCCGCUGGACGCCUGGCGUCAGUUCGCCGCUCAGCACCCGGACGUGCUCUAUUACGUGGCGGCCAGCUCCGGCACGGGCGCCGCCGACCUGGAGAAGCUGUCGGCUAUUCUGGAGGCGGUGCCAGGCGUGCAGUUCAUCUGUCUGGACGUGGCCAACGGCUACUCGGAGCAGUUUGUCGAGGGGGUGCGCAAAGUGCGAGCGGCACACCCCCAGCACACCAUUAUGGCGGGUAACGUGGUGACCGGUGAGAUGGUCGAGGAGCUCCUGCUCUCCGGCGCCGACCUCAUCAAGGUGGGCAUCGGGCCCGGCUCGGUGUGCACCACGCGCAAAAAGACGGGCGUCGGCUACCCGCAGGUGUCGGCCGUGCUCGAGUGCGGAGACGCCGCCAAGGGACUCGGCGGACACAUUAUCUCGGACGGCGGCUGCACCUGCCCCGGAGACGUGGCCAAGGCCUUCGGGGCCGGCGCCGACUUCGUCAUGCUGGGCGGCAUGCUGGCUGGCCACGACCAGUCCGGUGGAGAUGUCAUCGAGAAGAACGGCAAGAAGUACAAGCUGUUCUACGGCAUGUCGUCGGCCACGGCCAUGGAGAAACACGCCGGCGGCGUGGCCGAGUACCGGGCGUCCGAGGGUAAGACGGUGGAGAUUCCGUACCGCGGCGACGUCACAGCCACCGUGCUGGACGUGCUGGGAGGCGUGCGCUCCGCCUGCACCUACAUCGGCGCCGGCAAGCUCAAGGAGAUGCCGAAACGGACCACCUUCAUCCGCGUCACCCAGCAGCUCAACGAGGUCUUCACUGGCAGCGAGAGCAAGAACUAGCGCCGCCCGCCGCCGGGGGUGCCAACGCUAGUGAGGCUUACAGGGAGGUUGCCGUGGGAACGGUUGUCGCUGACUGUUGCCAUGACAACCGGACGCUGACGGCUGUACAGCGGCGUUGUUCUGUGUGGUUAAUGUUGUUCGUGGGAAUGUCAGAGCAGUUCUUCCCAUGAGUCGAGCAAACGAGCGUUACCAGGCCAGUCUGUGCGCGAGGCGCUGUCCUCCGCUGCCUGAGAUGGUCUCUGCUCAGACCGGGGCCGGCAGUCCUGUCGGCCGCAGCAGGCCGAGGACGUCGCGCCAGGUGUGCUAUGUGUGCUGUGCUGCCCUCUGUGCUGUGUGCUUACCGCCGCCUUACUCCCGUUUGCCAAACAACCUAUCUAGUCCAGAAUAUGCUUGCUAGUCUAGACGUCGAGGGGCGGUGCAAUGCGCAACAUUUGAUACUCAAACCGAGAUUAUGCGGCAGGUCGUCGCAGGUUCUGUCCGAUGCCAUUGGAGGAGUGAUUUGCUUCGUCGUGCCUCUGAGCUUGUUUCGUACGGAUGGCAACGUUGCUGAUUGCUCAUUUGCGCAUGUCUCGGACACCAGUCAACUGACAUGGGUAAGGUAUACGAUACUUUCCUGCGCGCCUGCCGGGAAUGGAGAGUUCGCAAAUUGUUACAUUCGCACAAUGAUUGUCGAUAUAAAAAUAGGUACCAGGGAUCCGAGCUCAAACGCUUUUCGCCCUAUCGUUCAUUACGAUUUUGUUAAAUAUUAAGAAUUUCAAUUGCAAACGCUGCUAUACAUAUCAUUCAUUGCCUGCUUCGUAAAAAAUGUUUACCCCUUGGCGUGCAAUAUAUUUGGAACAUAA